AUCAACCCAAGCGCAAAUAAAUGUAAACUACAGAUUUCAGAAAAGUCUCCAAAAUGGGAGUUUCGGGUGGUGCAUCUACGCUGGUGCAAAUGUGCAUCGUCAAAGUUGCUCAAAACAUGGAUGAAUUGGAGAGAAAGAUAUCGGAUUUGCCUGUCUUGCUCCUGAAAGAGCUGCUGCCGCAUCUAAACAUUUAUUAUCUAGACAGAGUUGAACCUGUUGCUCUUACCAAAGGUAUCUCCACAUCAUCUAUGUGGGCAACAAUAUGGAGAGAUUUGGAUCAGACCUGGCGCUGCAGAAUAAAGUCUGGUCUGCCCGGUCAGGACUGGAAACAGAGGUGUUUGGAAAGACUCUUUCACAUGGUCAUGUUCACCCACGUCAGACAGGGACGAUCGUAUCUUUCCAACCUCAGCGAUUCAUCCGUUCUCUCCAUGACUGCACGACACGUCAACGUCCUCUCUCUCCACGGAUCCAGCAGAAACAUCUGCAGACUCGCAUCGGAAGAACUGCGUACCAUCCUGACCACCCUGGAGAAAGGGGUGAGAUCACUCAAAUUACUGGAUGCUAACUCUCUACUCAAACACGGACGGAAAAACGUGUUGUUUGUUCUCCAUCGGCUCUUGGACCACGGGUCUGUUCGAGAGGUGGUUCUGUGGAGAAGUCCACAUCCAUCUUUUCUGAGCUGGAUCACGUCCAGGUGCAGAGGUCCUCGGGGUCAGUUUUCAGUAUCGUUAGCAGGGACGUCCAACGCUGAGGAUCCAGUGGAUACCCAGUUUUCAGAUUUGGACAUUGGGUAUAGUGCAGGUGAAGGGGAACCCGCAGCAAAACGCUCUCGUCGAAGUUUAACCGUGGAACUGGAGGACAAACCAGAGCUUAUGUGCAGUACGUUCUUGUCGUCGGGUAGCGCCGCUGGCCACUGUCCUGAGGGACAGAUCAACUCUCUUGAUUUUGAAGUAUCCAGUUGUCAAAUCCUUACUACAGUGUCACACGUCCUGCCUUCAUGGACGCGUCUUCACGCGCUGCAUCUGCACACUGACUGGCUUCUUACAGAGGAGGAGAUGUCUGUUUUGGUAGAAUCUCUCAGACGGUUGUUUCAGAACCCCGGCUGCUCUCUCAGGGAUCUCAGCAUGAGUCACGUGUGCUGUCACACAUCCGUGAUCAGCGUGCUGAGCGUGUGUCCGACCCUACAGAACCUCUCUUUGGACAUCUGGCCGCCUCUGAACAACACAUGGAAGAAGCAGCAACAUUUCACACAAAACGAAGAGCUCUGCCUUGAAAAACUUGUAGUGAAAUCUGCCGAUGUGCCGACGACAGUCGAGAGUUUUCUGACUGUUCUGAAAUGGGCUCCAAAACUCAGCCAUCUUCAAAUCACAGGAUUUCGUCAUGCACAGCAACUGUUUCAAACAUUAUCAGAAUCUAAUCCAAUCCUCAAAAUAUUACAUCUGGAGGACAUAAACUUGUCCAGCUGUCAUCAGGAGAUUCUUCAUCUACUGGAAAAUUCGAUGUUAGAAGGACUGUUCUUUAAAGACUGUAGACUGCUGGAUAAAUGUACAGUAAAGAAAGACUUCCUUGUGCCAUUUGUAAAUGCGCUGAAAAGAAUCUCAUCUCUCCAGACCCUCACAUUGGCACACAACCGUCUGGCCACGGGUGCCAUAGAAAUGGCUGAGCUGUUUUCAGGAAGCUGCCCCAGCAAUAUCACACACUUGGACCUCAGCUCAAACUUCAUUCUACCAGCUGAACUCCUGCAAUUCGCACAACUUAUAGAAACAUACAGACCAACUCAGCGACCUCUGCUAGAUCUGCGGUUUAAUCCGCUUGAUCGUGACCCAGAGGUCAAAGUUCAAGCUGUUAGAAAGCUCAUCCCAUACUGUAAUAUAUUAACUGACGACUGGGACUCUAGAUCCACUAUGGCAGAUCACAUCAGUGUGAUGUGAGGCGUCUGUGCUUCAAGGUUUGGAAAACGAUUCACUGACAAUUUACAAUAACAUUCAAAUGGUUGACGUAAAAGUACUCAUAUUUAGGAAUGAAACUGUGAUUUUUUUGUGAUACUAUUCAGUUACCCUGUCAGAUUAUAUUUUGCAUUAAAUACCAGCUGGAUGUAAUGUAAAUGAAUUGUCUGUCUGUAACAGCUUGGCAGCAAUAAUCAACCCAUUAUUUCAUCGCUGUUAAAACGUUUAACAUUUUUUGAACUAGUCUUUGACACCUACAUAAGAAUUUCUUUUAGCAGCCCUGUAACAUUUCGCAAUACCGUUGGUCCGUUUACACAAAUCCAGCAUAACCACAAUGUGCACUUUUAAUGGCAAUGAUAGUAAUAUUGAUUUUUUUAUAUAAUGUUUAUAAAUAAUAAACCAACAACUUAACCUCAAU